AUGUUCGCUCCCACAUUCAUCGUAACUGCAUUCGCUUCUUACACGAUGUAUGUGAUGAUGAUCCGCCACAAACUGCCUUUUCGCGAUCUGCUCAAACCAUCAAGUGACUGGAUGGUCCAUACAGCAGUGAACACGACUAGACCACGACCCCAUUCUCUCGCUUAUGGGCUCUACAACAGCCUGUUCCAAAUGAGCUACGAGAACGCAUUCUUCGGAUUGUUCGUCAUCGAGCUUUUCUUCGGUAUUGCGAUAUUCUGCGUGUUUGCGUUGAACUCGCUCUCAAUCAUUGGCUUUUCGGCAUCUCAUACAGCCAACGACUAUCGUGCUUUGAUGUUGUUCACUUUUGUGCUAUUGCACGGAUAUGCCUUAAUCGAAAUGCGAAAAUGCCAAAUGAAAGAGCAACAACCGAACAGAUUGAUGCUAUACAUCGGUGUUGCCACGAUGGAGACAGCGAUGCUGAACGGCUACAUGUGGAUGUAUGCCUCCGACCAUUCCUGGGGGAUUGAUGUCGCCCCUCUGAUCAUCAUCAUCUGCACCACGUUAAUUCGUGGGUGCUGCAUUCUGCUUGGAAUCGCGAUCCGUGCCCAUCUCCAGGACCAGAUCCGUCCGACUCGAACACGAGAUGCUACAGAGAUCUACGAAGUAGAUACAGUACUAGCAAUGGAUGCUGAAGAUGACUCACCAAUCAUUUUUGACCUUGCUCGAGCUUGA